AUCAAUUUUUUCUUAGUCAACAGUCUUCACAAUGGCCACUAUUGAGUGCAGUGAUGGUGUCUGCUAUAAUCGGAGCCAGGGCCUUGGGUUUUCUUUUGUGUCUGCCUGUGUAUAUUGUGUUUGUUUAUCCAAACAGCAGCUUGGAUUUGGAACAACAGCACACAGAUAAUGGAUAGUGAUUAGAUGAGUUUGUCUCUUUAGCUUCUACAAAUCAAGAGUGAAUCCCAGCUGGAUUUAUUUCUUCCAUCAGUAUAGCCCUGCAAGCCUCUGUGGUAUCAAACCCAAGGCUCUGAAAUAAUCACACCCUCUGCAAAAAAACAAACAAACCAAAAGACAAAAAAAAAAAAACCCAGCAGAAAGAGGGGUCAGGAAGUGACUUCAGACCAUCUCAACAGUCAGUUUGCAGCAGGUGUCACGUGCCAUUUCUUCCCCAAGACCUCCAUAGGACUACUUCAGAGAUGAUGGAAGGUGCAAAAACUCUUUGGCUGUUUCUCCUGCUCAACCACCUGCCACUCUGCCCUGUCGGUGCUGACGCAGUCCUUUCAACAACUCAAAUAUAUUCACAAGACUAUUCACAAGACCAAAGAAGCAGCCCCACACUUGCUGUGAGUACUACCCUCAGAACAAGUGAAGACAAAAACUCCAUCAAUGGCACUCGUGGUGACUGCUUGGUUGACACUGAGAUGGGUCUGAUUGCUAUAAGUUCAGCUGGAGGUCUCAUUGUGUGCUUGCUGGCUGCUACUGUGGUACUGGCAUGCCAGGUCUGCAGCCUUCAGCGCCAGGUUUAUGGCCCUCGCACCUCACGGUCCAACAUGGACUUAGUAAGCAGUACAGGCUACUGGGGCACAGACCAACCAGAGAUUGCAGGCCUGGUUGGACCAUAUGAUGCCAGUGUCAUGCUUGAGGAGGUGAAAGAAGACAAGACUGAGGAAGAGAGGCAGGCUGAAACAAAAGGGACAAUGGAGGACGAUGGGGCAGGACUCAAGGAAGGGGCAAUGGCAAUAGCGUUUGAUCCUGAGGACGAUCAAAGUCAUAUGCACAGCUCCAACUUCAAGGACUCCUGUUUGGAGAUUCCCAGGGAUUUAGAAGACAUGCCCCUUGUUGUGUAAGGAGGUAACCCUACUUCAGUAAAUCCAGUCACAUACACAACUAAUCAGUUUAGCUGAUUUAAAAUAUAUUAACUUGGCUUGUUUCAAUCACAUCCUUUCCAACAGAGAUGCACCAAUUGUUAAAUCAUGGGCAAAUAUAAAAUAAAAUAAACAAAUUAUAUUAAUGGAGAUUUUUUUUUUAAUUUUUAUUUUGCUCUUUUUUUGGACAGAAAUAAAUAACUUUGAAAGUCUUUCAAACGCAUUCAUGAAACGGACACAAGGAAAGAAAAAGCUAUAAUAGAGUGGUGACUGUUUUCUUAUUUGCUGAAGGCAGUCAACAAAGUGAGAAUGGAAAUUUGGUAAAUAAACUGAUAAUUUUGUUGUUGCAUCACUAUUCCUGUUUAUUUUCAUCUUGUUAAAUGUAGGGCAUCAUAUGCAAUUUACUACAUUAGUGCUGACAGAAUAAAGAGCUUUGGGUGCACACACCAAAAAGCAUAGUUUUUGCUUAGAUAAGGAUACCUUUAACAUGUUACAUAGUUCUAUAUCUCGUAGUAAAUCUUUAAAGCCUGGUCCUGAGUGUUCAAUUAAAACAGAAAGAAAGAACGAAAGAAAGAAAGACAUAACUUUUAAACACAUAACAUAGCACGGUCCAUAUUUGUUGUGCGCAUGAUUUGCAUCAGUAACAUAACAUAGCAUAAUAACUUACAUAAUGAACAAAAAGCAGAUUAACAAAAACAAGGUCAACAUACAUUCACAGUUUUGAAGAGAUAAUGGGCUAAAUUGAUAAUAGAAAUGCUGGAAACUUAACUCUGAAUCUGUUUCAGCUAUGUCUAAUCUUUUAAAUGAAUUUUCAACAAUUUAAUUAUUGGUUAUAACUUAAAUACUUGUAAUAUUUGCCAGUUUUUAAAUAAAUUGACCUUUGUAUUGGUGUCAGUGUUUCAUGAGUCAAAUCAAUAUUUGUCAAUUAUGAGCCCUACACACACACAGACAGAGAAAGUUGUGGUCAAAAGUUUCCAUACACUCUUCAUGGACAUUUUGAGCUUUAAAUGAUUUCUUUCCAUUGUUGUUUUCCCUGGUCGACUGAGUCUCAUCAAUAUACCUUCAAGGACUAAAAGAAAAACACACAAAAAACAACCAAGAACUGGAUGUACUGUAGAAUUUAUUUUGGAUUUCAUAAUCAUACAUGACCAAAAAUGUGCACACAAGUUCAAAUAUAUAUAUACACCCCCCACUAAUAUUUGGCUACAUGUUCCUUAGUUGCACCUAGACCAGAUGCUUUUGGUAGCCAUUAACAAGUGACAAUUUGGGUGUUUUUCAAGAGCUUGGCAAAGUGGUGACACAUCCAAAUAACUUUUGUAAAACAGUUUCAACAGAUAUCAACUUCUUGAAAUCUGCACAUCUGUACAAAGGCUCCAAGAGAUCUUACCAGCUUUGGAAAAUCAAUAGUUUCUUGGACUCAUAGAGUAUUGGUCAAUGAAAUAAGUACUAUCAAGCUAUUUCUUCUAUGCUGACAAAUACAAACUAUGUCUUGUUAAAAGACAACACUUUGAGCUUGAAUAUAUACUUUUGACCCUGUGUGGAUUAGAGAAAAUCCAAAAUGUAUUUGUGCAAUGGCAAUUAUUAUUCUUAAAAUUUUUAAAGAUCUAUACUAUAUAAUCAUUCGACAACAAAACAGGCCACAACAGUGACUACUUAUAGAACUGUUAUUCUGCUUGAUUAAAUAACAUGUACAAGCCACACACCUGUCAGUAACCCAGAAAACCCCCCACACAUUCCUGUUAUAAUACAGUUCUGAUUAAAAGUUGUUCUAAACUUCUAAACUGUAUUGUACUUGAAAAAUGGCAAAAAAUAUCAUAUUUUGCAUGGUUGGAUAUUAACAAGGAUCCAAAUAGAGCUUCAACAUAAAACAAGAAGAAAUGGGAGUGAGGCAUUUUUUUGGAGCAUGCAAUUUAUUGAAACAAUGCUUAAAUUGAAACAGGCUGUUUUACAGCUGAUCAAAAGUUUAGGGCCACAUGCCUUAAAAAAGCCAAAUCUGUGCAAAAAUGUGGAUUCAUUGUCAUCUUCUGUCAGGUAGUCAGACUGUUAUGACGUUCUGAUGGCAAAGGCAAAAAAACUUUACCUUUUUGAACGCGGUCGGGUUGUUGAACUGCAUAAGCAGGGUCUCUCAGCGCAACAUCACUGCCGAGGUGGGACCCAGUAAGACGGUCAUUUGGAAUUUCUUAAAUGAUCCUUAGGGUUAUGGAACCAAAACGUCAAGUGGAAGACCCCCAAAAAUUUCACAAGCACUGAGCUGGAGGAUCCAAUUGGCUGUCCGUCAAUACACUGGACUAUCCUCGACCCAAAUUAAGGCCGUUACUGGUGCAGACUGCAGUCUCAUAACCAUCAGACAGCAUCUGAGGCUGAAGGGCUUCAAAAACGUUACUGACAUGACAAGCAGAUCCCACCUGAGAUGUUUUCUAUGCGCCACAGUGGAGGGGGUGCCAUAAUGGUCUGGGGUGCUUUUUCCUUCAGUGGAACAAUUGAGCUUCGGGAAGUGCAGGGGCGUCAAACGGCUGCUGGCUAUGUCCUAUGUGCAUGUGCGUCCUAAACCUUUGAUCAGCUGUCAAACAGCCUGUUUCAGUUUAAGUGUUGUUUUCAAUAAAUUGCAUGCUCAAAAAAAUGUUCUGUCUCAGUCCCAUUUCUUGCACAUUACAUGCUCUACUUGGAAUCGUGUUAAGAUCCAGCCAUGCAAAAAUAUGAUUUUUUUGCCAUUCUUCAAGUGAAGUGGUCUUAAACUUUUGAUCAGGACUGUAUCUGCCCUCCUUAUGCAGUCAAAAUAUCUCUGACCUGUCAGGGCAUGGGAAAGUGAUCUCUGUUUGUAUGUUUUUGUGUAUCGCAGAUCCUGUAGAUUUUGUGGUUGAGAAUGCAGUAUGAUAAGAAGGUGAGUUUACCUUUCACAGGCAUCAAUGGUGUGGCUAAUAAAUGUCCUUACCUUACUCAAACUAUGUCCUAAAAAACAGACAUGAGCUGCUACCAUGCUGCUAUUUCAGUUAUGAUAUGUUACUGUUCUGGACAUUUAAACUUAAAGAAUGCCUUUUCCUUCUUAAAACCAAAGAGCACUCAUGAAAAUUUAAAAUUCACACUUUUUAAAAGUCAAUCUUUAGAAUUUUACAGAUUAAUUCAGCAUUGUUUCAGCAAACAUUUUUAACGCAAGACUUGGUUGUAAAACAUGAACUACUAUAUUUAACAUAGGACACUGAGAAUGAUUUCACGUGUCACGCUUCCUGUAAGUGGUGCAAGAAUCAGUCUCGAAAUUUCAGCAGCGACAAACUGUCCAACCCCCAAGAUCUUACUUCCUUAGAGACAGCAACUCUGCCAGACAGCAACAGCAAUAUUCAGCUUUUAAUACACCCUGGAAGGACACAACCAACAGCUUUGAGUGUUCACCUGCGUACAGACACUGGUAUGUAAAUCUAAAUUACUAGAUUACUGAUACAGUUUUGGGUCCAACUCACAGCUUGACAACUUUAAAUUGAUGAUUAUGUGAAAUUGAGACAUAUCUAUAUCUAUACACACACACACACACACACACACCUAAAAACUAAAUGUUAUGUGUAAAAUGUUAUUAAACAACAGAGGAUACAUAAAUGUAAAUUAGAUGAAAAUGGUAAAAACAGUGUUUGAAACUGGUAAAUUGCGUACCCUUCAAACCUAUGGUGGAUUACGAGCAUUUUGAGGAACUUACCAUUUCCUAAAACAUAUUAUAUUGCAUACCACUAAACGUUCUUUAUUCAAAUGAUACUACUUCAGACUACGUGCUCUGACAAAAUAAUUUCCUCUGUUCUAGCUUCAGAGACACAGUAGCCAUUCUGAGGACAACAAUGACCACAGAUUUUACAAGCCUCACGUUCAUAUGGCUGCUGCCACUGGCAGCAAGCAAUGCAGUGACAUCAAGCAAUGCAGUGACAUCUAAUCAAAGUGAAGUCUUCAGCUCUGUGGUAACUGUAGAAUCAUUCUCUCACAAUGAGCUGACAACACAUACUCAGGCAUACUCAGAGAAAAUACCUGCCACGAAAGACGCACAACGAAGAAGUCAAACAAUGCCCUCGAAUACGAUCCUACCUAAUACUAAGACAGCACCAGCUCCUACCAGUUCUGCAUCGCCUCACUUAAACAGUACUUCCAUGGAAUCCUUAACAGAAAUACAAUCUACAGUCAUCAAAUCUUCAAUGACAGAUCUAACUGGCACCCCAGCAACACCUACAAGUGUAACUCCAGUGAUAAUCAACUCAACCCAAAGCCAGAAGACAUUAAGCACACAUGUUAGGAGGCACACAAACCCCUAUCCACCUACAUUUUCACCGAAGUCUACAAAACUCAUCUCUACUACUAACACAUUUACCACACCUGAAGAAGAGAAGUCUGAAAGCAUGAGUCCAGCUACAGGUGAUGUGAAACAUUCCACAGGCUUAUACAAAACUUCAACAUCCAUCAACAAUAUCAGAAAAAGGAAAAUACAAGAACCUUCAGAAACAAAGAAAACUAACCAUGGUAAAGUAGUGGCCGGACUAAUCGGUGGAUCCCUGUUAGUGAUGAUGGUAGGAUUCCUGAUCAUCUUUAUUAAGAAACGGAAGCUUCAGAAGCAGCAGGUAUCAACUACAGACUGGGCGGGUCCUUCGCCAUUUCUAGAGGGUGGAGCUAACAAUGGCCAGGUAACAAUGAGGCCACCUAACCGAAUUUCUGUAGCCAGCUUUCUACCUGCAAGACUGUCCAAAAGAUUGUCCUUGCUUCCGGAAACAGAUGAGGAGUUAGAAGACAUGACUCAAGUUACUACAUUUGGAGAUAAAAACCAGGGGACCACAUUUGGCCAAACAGUCGAUGGAAAUGAUGGACCAGAAAGCAAUGGGACUAAUGCAGUUUUUCCUGAAAUGAAAACCACAGUAGACAUCGGACCAGAAAGCAAUGGGACUAAUGCAGUUUUUCCUGAAAUGAAAACCACAGUAGACAUCGCAGAGACUGCUGAAAACUGUGUUUCGGCUGUCUCUUUGCAAACUAACAACCCUGUGUCCACAAAUAAUUCAAUCCUCCAUCAAGACCUUUCUGCAAAUUAGUCAAAUCAAUCUGAAGUCAUGGAAAAUAUGUCUGAACAAAUGAACAAUGCCCUUAUGGAACCUUAAGCAAACUUGAUCUCUAAACAAAUCCAGCAAUUGUAGGGUACCAGUUAUAACACCCUUCAUUGGUUUCCUGGUAGCAGCAAAGGUAACUACAAAAACAGGAAACCAUGUUGUUAGUGCAUUCGGAAAUAAUUGAGAUUGUGUGAUGUUAACCAUGAUUUCUACAGCAAAACCUGAAGAACAACAUAGUAAGGUUGAUUAAUUGUAGUUUUUUCUGUGUUAGUAAGAGUAGGAAUAUGCAAAAUAAUAAUCAUACGCUACAUGUAGGAGCAUUUUCUUGCUGCUAACAGAUAAUAACAUUGCACAGCAAGCAGUUUUAUUUACACUGUGUCAUGUAACAGUGUGAAUAAAUACCAUACCAUGAUGUGAACAGGAAGCUUCCUUUUUAACAUUCAUGUGAAUAAGAUCUGUCUCAUUUCAAAUACCAUUCAGUUCGCUUGGCCACAUCAAAAGCAAGCUCUGGUACAUACAUGCCUAUCUUAAUAAUAUCCGUUUUGCACAGUAUGGCAUAUGCAAUAGAAAAGAAAGAAAACUAAAUAUCCCCCAAUAAAAUUUCCUGUACUUACAAUUGCAUGUAAAAAUCUGGAGGUGCGCUAUGGCUUUAGUUUAGUUUAAAUGACAUUCAGAACCUUUCUGCAAACCGCUACUUUUUAUCUUUAAUUCCAAAAACAAUUAAGCUUAUGUAAACCUCAGAAGCACGUUUCUCAGGCAGCCUUUUAUAAUUUAGUUCAACAUUAGUAACAGUGGAGCUUGUACAACUAAUAUAAUGCAAAUAAAUUGUUUUAGCUCUCUGCUCGAUUUGCAGAGAAUUAAAUUAUUUCAAAAGAAAUAAUUUAAAAAAUUUUCAAUAACCUUUUUAAAUUUCUUAAAUAAUUAAAAUAAUUGUUCCAUUGUUCACAAUUGGGUUGUUUCUUUACAAUCACAUUUGUGAAAGACAAACAAAAACCCCCUCAUUACUCUAAUUUUCCAUUUCUGUUUCUCACUUACAUAGCGUGGCGUUUUUAGUCAGCAAUGGACCUAGUUGCGCAACCACAUUUAGUUUAAUAUGGCAAUACUGAUCAUCAUUUAAGUUGAUUAGAAUGCUAGGUAUUAAAAAAUAUUAAGAAAAAACAAUUUUAUGUUUAACAAUUAUCCAUUUGAUAAUUAUCCAAUACUUUUUGAGUUAAUGAAUUAAAUUGCAUAAAACCACAAAGCUUUCAAAGACUAAUCAUUGAUCGUUGUCUUUACAAGUUUUACUUCUCUGGCGUGGUAGUAUAAGUAUAGGUGCCACCAUCAUAAAACAGAAGCUCAGACGUGACCUGAAGUAUCUGUGUGAUAAUAAGAGCUGUACCAAUUCUCCAAAUAAUAAGGGAAGGAGGGUAAAUUCUUCCUUUAUUGGUUCCUUUAGCAUAGUGUACACUGGACCAUACUUUAAGAAAAGGGAGGAGAAAACACCACUCCAUAAUUCACUGAGAUGGCCCAUCUGACCAUUCAUGACAAAACACAAUAUAAUUUAAAAAAAAGUUGCUCAGCUCUGGUAAAUGUUAUCUGUGAGUGCCUUUCCCCAUUUUCAUUGAAUAUCCUCCUGAUAUAGUUUUUAACAACAGUUCAUUAAAUUCACAGCUGAAAGAAGAACCUCACACUGCUGCAAUAAAAACUACUUCUGAUUGAACUGUAGCCUUGCACGAAGAACACAGAAUGCUAUAUAAGCUCAAGAUCUAUAUUAAUUAAUAAUAGUACUUAAGGUUCUGUGCAACUGGUGCUAAUUAGUAAAGUCCUUUGUUAUAUUGCAGUCUUUAGUAUAAUUUUACUCCAGAAUAGUCUGCUGGAAUAAGUGAUAGAUAGCACUGCCUUAACAGGCAUGAUAAAAUUAGUUACCUAGUAUCACAACAGUAAAAUAUAACAAAUAAGAUGAAUUUAAUUUUAGAUGCUAUGGGACAGAUUUACUAAGUGAGACAAAUUACUGUGAUGUCGCAAUUGCUGGGGGAUCUAUUAAGAAUGUGCUUUAUUUUUAUAAAAAGAUGCAGUUAACUGCAGUAAAAACCAGCCUUGUGCCAAGAGCAACGCAAAUUAGUGGCUCAAAAUUCCAGUUUAAGCUCAGGUUUCACACAAGUGUUUCUCUCUGAAAACAGCGUGGCAAUUCGGAUAAAUGUGAGGAAGCUGAAAGAGAAUCAAUAUCCUUUUGAUUUAAGAAAAUAAGUCUUUCUAUGCAAGUGCUUUCUAUCUAACAUUCACACGCAAUCAUACUCCAACUGAUGCAUCGGAGAGCAACGGGGUGUUAGUAUCUUGUGAAAGGAUAUUUGGCAUGCGAGCUGUAGGGAUGGAACCCCUAACCUUCAGAUUAGCAGAUGACCUGCCUUAUUACCUGAGCUAAGAUGUACAGAGAACACAAAACAUUAUUUACCAUCAGAUUAUGAGUCAUCUUGUGUUACUGUGUCAUGUGCAUGAAUGCAUGCAUUGCAGUUUUAAUAGCACAUUGCAACAUUCAGGCAUAAACCUAACACACUAACACCUAUUUCUUACACAUUCAGCAGAGAAAAGUUGCUUGAUGUGUGCGCAAAGUUCAUUUCUGCUUUUUCAUGAAAACAGUGUAACCGAGGAGCAAUAGGUGGGGCUCACAGUCUGAUGGACGGACCAGUGGAAACUCUGCAUGCAGAUUAUCUUGCCAUAUUUAAUCUGCAUGUUUAGUAGCCUUGGAAUUUGAAAACUGAUGAUAAUUCUAGUCAUGAUGCUUUUACUAGCCUGUAAAUGUGUAGUGGCUUAAUUUUAAUCAGCAAAGUCCACAGGUCUACACAAUUUUUAAAAACAGGGAUUUGCUUUGCUUUUGCUUUGAAAAGAAAAUGCAAACCAUGAUGCAAAGUGGUUUAUGUAUACUCAUCAUAGAUAUGAAUGUAAAGGUAAUUUGGAGCUUUUAAUGUUUCCUUUGAACUGUUCUUUCUAGUGUGAUUGAUUGAACACAGCUUUAAGAACUUUAUAAAAAACAUUAUGUGUGCAGGGUUUGAUUUAUUUAGAAUUUUCUAAAACACAGGAUCAUAAAACAAACACUUUUGUUUGCUAGUUGUGGUAUUUCAUGUGUCGUAUACUAAACCAAGUGUGCUGAGUCCAAAUCUGUAGUCGGAUUUUGUCUAGGAUGUCAGGUUCUGAAGUUAUACACAGAAUCAUUGGCUAUUCAUACAGACGGAAAAGGAAACUGAUUUUAUAGUCGUUAUAUGGGCACUGUACAUAACUAAAUUUUGAUUUAAAACUGUGAGAGAUUACAAAAACUUGUACACUUUAACAAACGUGUAAAUAGAUAGUUCACUUGAGUGUUUAUGGAAUGUACAUACACUGUUAAAAAGUGCUGUAGGCACUUGCUUUUGCGCUUGUGAGUCUCUGCUGUUGACCGCUACAGAAGCCAGCAGUAAUUGCCCAUCAUUAUGGGGUUGAAGUGGCCUUGAUAUCUUUUCUCCAUGCUGGCAAUAUCCUGGUGGAAUUGUUCUCCAUGUUCAUCACUCACACCACCCAAAUUUGGAGUGAAACCCCCCCCCGCUAUAAAUGCAUUUUGAGUCACAUUCAGCAGCAGAGUUGCUGAUAUGCUGCUAACAUGUUGCUUACAAGUUCAACAUAGUUUUCAGCCUGAUGGUUGCCAAGAAAGUUUUGCACAACUAGCACAGAUGCAUCCCAAGGGGCGAAUUCAUGUUCAGUUUGGAUCUGAAUGUGUCAUCACGCAUCAUUUAGCGGAUUUCAGGACCAACAAAAAUUUCUACUUUUAGCAUCAGUUUUGGUUUUUCCAAAUGGAAUGGAAGCCAUUUCCAUUACGAUCCAUUGCCAAGACAAAGUUUUUCAUUAGGCCUAGUUUAAUGUGAAGUGGCGGAAAGUACACUUUUAGUGGAUCAACUAGUAAUGCAUGUAGCACAUUGUAUCGGCCAACAGUUUUUUUUUUCUUUCCGACAACAUAGUAUUUUUUUCUAUUGCAAAAAAUAUUUUAUUCUAUUGUAUAUAGCACCUUAUUCUUAAUAUCUUAUCCUAUUCUAUUGUUAUUCUUAAUUUUUGCUACUGUAACUUUGCACUGUCCACUUUCUGCUGUGACACAACAGAUUUUCCACAUGUGGAACUAAUAAAGGUUUAUCUCAUCUAA